GCGCUUCUUUAACGCUGUCGUGCUUUUUAAAACAAACGAGUGAAUCAACAAACCACUGUUUUCUUUUACCAGUCUUUUCAACAACGGCUUAGCCUACUGGUGUUUGCUGUACCAACCAGAGCAACAUUUUCUGAAUUUACCCCUGAAUGUCUCAAUAUACACCGCAUCAAGAAACGAACAUUGCAGUUAUCGAUCUACCGUCGGCCAUGGCAUCUGUUGAACAAACUUCCGUAAUCAUGAAUGAACCCAACCAUCAAGGUCCGCCUGCCGUGGUUGAACCUCAGGACAAUGAAGAGAAUCUAUCACUGAAUUACGCUAAACUUCCGAAUACCACCAAACUCGAGGAAGAACCCAAUCCUUUUGAACAAAGUUUUUCCAGCGUCUCGGCUGAUGAACGCACACCCAACCUUACCAAACCUAAACUACCACCUGCCGCUUCCAUCGACAGCCCUUCGACCAUUACCGACCCCGCUUCAUUAGCAGCACCUUGGGAUUCAUUACAUACUGGAGCUUUGUCACCGUCAAUGCUUCAAGGUCCCGCCGAUACAUCUCAAGGUACGUUGUUAAACCAGGAAAAAUACAGACGGAUAAAAAAAAAGGACAAUGGGGAAUUGGAAUAUGCAAUGGACUCAUGGCUCUCUCCCCCUGCUUCUUUUCUUUCUCCCAUUCAUUUUUUUUCUCUUUCUUGCUUGAUUCUUAUCCCAUUUCAUGUUUACGAUGGUUUUUUUUUUCCGUGGUUGGAUGAACGCGUGACCCAAUUUCACCCUUUUUGUUUUGCCGUUGCAUAUCCGAACUCCAUCUCUCAUGGGGCUUUUUUUUUGUCAUUUACAUAUAUAUAUAUAUAUAUAUAUAUAUAUAUGUGUGUGUGUGUGUGUGUGUGUGUGUGUGUGUGUGUGUGUGUGUGUUUUCUGUGGAUGACGGUGUAUUCGAUGAAUGACCAUUGAAUCUUUUUAUUUACUUUGAACUUGCAUUCACUCUAUAUAUGUGUUCCAUCCUC